CCCAGUCAGAGACAGUGGAGAAUGAUAAUGGGACGUAGACUGGUCAUGUUAAUGUUCAUGGCUCUGUAUGCAGACUCAUACAGCCACUUCAACAAACUCAGUGAGGACACACACACUAGGCUUAAGAGGAAUCUUUGGAGCCAGAGGAAUCUUUCCUCCAUCCCUCUGGGCCUGGAUGAGGGGCUGAUAAAGCUAGAUUUGUCAAACAAUCUGAUCAAAAACUUCACAACAAUUAACCUCCCAUUCCUGGAGAGACUGGAUGUAAGCUACAACCAUCUGAGUUUUAUACAUACGGGCGCUUUCAAAAACUUGGUCCAGCUCCACGACCUCAACCUGGCAAGCAACUCGUUAAACAACAACAUAAUCAGCAACAGUCAAGCCUUCAAAGACCUCCACGUACUGAGAAGUCUGGACAUCUCAAAGAACAACCUGGACGAGGAGGCGGUAAAACAAUACCUCAGCAGUGCAUCUUCGCUGGAUUGCCUGACAGCCACGGGAAAUGUUGUGUCAAAACUAACAACCCAGUCUUUUGCCAACACCAAAAACCUGAGAGUCAUUAACUUAGAGAACAAUCUGAUUUCAAAAAUCGAAGAGGGAACUUUUAACCCCUUGAAAAAGCUUGCUAAACUGAACUUGGCCCGGAAUAAUUUGGCCGUUAUCUGCGACUUUAAACUUUCCCAGGUGACUUAUUUAAACCUCAGCAGAAACUCCAUAGAGUUCUUCAUAACACAUGAGACUGAAGAGGUGUAUAAUCUAGAAGUUCUGGACUUAAGCUACAACAGUCUUCUCUACUUCCCCAUUCUGCCAAAACACAACCACUUGAAAUAUCUCCAUCUACAAAACAAUAGACUGGGUGCAUUAGGAAUAGUGAACUCAGUCGCAGAGGCAAAUCAUCUUUAUAAGGAUGUAACUGGCAGCAACCACUCCCGAACAGAGAAUGAGAAAGACAGUGUAUAUUCUGACUGGCAAAUCAUGCCAUUAGUUCACUUAGACUUGAGCAGUAACCACUUUAGAUCAUUCCCCCUAACCAUGUUCAGAGAUCUCCAGUCUCUGGAAACCCUCAACAUCGGUAACAACUGCCUGCAAAACAUCAGCAAUAGUAAUGCCCUCAGUGAAGAUAGUCGGACAGAUAUCCAUAACUGCUUACUGCCAUCCUUACUUCACAUAAAUCUAAAGGACAAUAACAUAGAGUAUCUAUCCUCCAACCUUUCCACUACUUUUCCUAAGAUAGAGACAAUGGUCCUUAAAGGCAAUAGGGUAAGACCCUGCUCUGGACAAUCGUUUAGCAUAUCUGAUCUCACUACAGAUGUGCAAUGCAUUUCUUUCAGUAACAUCAGCACCCUGAAGCACUUAGACCUCCAGGAAAAUGGAAUAAAAACACUGCUCCAUGGUGUGUUUGCAAACAGUCCUUUGGUCUCUCUCAAUCUGGCUGGCAAUAAACAGUUAACCAUUGCCAAAAAUGCUCUUAAGGAUGUGCAGAAUACCCUACAAUUUCUAAGCAUUGGACAGAACAACGUGACCGAUUCUCAGUUUGGUUUGGCAUGUAUGAGGGAACUGAGAAUCCUGAAUGUAUCCGAUAACAACCUGAAGAACCUUCCAAGUACUACUGCCUGUUCCCCGCUGUUGGAGUUGGACGUGAGGAAUAACAGCUUGACUACUUUAAAAAAUGUGACGAUGUCUCAUUUAUCUAUUAUUUACAUAAGUGGCAAUACUUUCAACUGUUGUCAAGCCACAUGGCUUCAAAGUUUAAAACAGGAAAAUGUAACAAUACCAGACUUGGACAGAACAGAGUGUUUCCAUCAAACUGAAUUCAUCACUCUUUCUGCUUUAGAGAAUUCCAACAUUAUGUGUUUUGAUAAAGUGACAAGGGGCUAUGCCCUUCUGUAUAUAAUCAUUCUUUGUUGCGUGUUUAUAUUUGUAUUAAUUGCAACAUUUGGCUACACACUAAGCAGAACGUCUUGCCAUUUUGUAGACCAAUAUUCUAUUUUCAGUGCAAGCAGUAUUUCCCUUACAAAUCUUGUCAGAGAUUAAGUUAUGAUUCAGAAGUUCAGAAGUUAAAAAUAGAAGGUAAAAAUGAGUAAGAAACUGAAGUACUGAGUGGUAUGGUCAAUAAAGUCUUCAAUCCCUCUUUUA